AUGGCUUUUGUAUUCAAUCAUGAACAGUUAAUGAAUUUAGACGAAAAGAGCAGGGGCGAGUUUCUCCAAAUACAGAGCGAUAUUCAAGAACUAGAACAAGCAGUAAUUGAAAGAUUAAGACAUUUCCCUGAUCCUCACUUAUUUGGCACAAACUGCCCAUUGAAGGAGAAAAUAAACAACUUGAAGAAAGACGAACGGAAUCAAAGGAUUAGAAUCAAUGGAAUUAUUUUAAAAAACAAACUUAUGAGCGGGUUUAAGUGGAAUGAAAAAAAUAAGCAUACUGAUGAAGCAAAUGAUGACGAAAAGAUUUCAGACGAAGAUAUAGAGUAUGAAUUCACUCCAGAAUCAAACGGUUCGCCACUUUCUAAAGUAGUAAGCUGGGGAAAAUAUUUGGAUAUCAAGAGAGCGAGAUCCAGGGACAGAAGCAUUGCCACUGAGUUCUCCCCCCGGUAGUAUAUAUGAUAUAAAUGGCUAGGUAAUUAAAUAAACAACGAUCUUUAAAUUU